GGAAACUACACAGUACAGACUGAUGUUUGUCAUUUCACUUCCCGUUCAGGCUCCAUUUACAGAAAAAGCUAUAUAACCUCUCAUUGUGACAGUUUCUGCGUUUCCCUCAACAGCUCACACAAAUGGACAGCAGUGCUCAAGGCGGCAAAGCCUUCGGUCUUCUGAAGUCUAAACAGGAGGAAAAGCUAAACUCCAUCAAUGAGGUGUUCCUUUUAGAUCCAAAAUAUGUGGAUGAGGAGGAUCUGCCAUCAAAGCUUGAAGCAUUUAAAAAAAAAUACAUGGAGUUUGAUCUUAAUGACAAAGGAGAUAUAGACAUGAUGGGGUUAAAGCGAAUGCUAGAAAAGCUUGGAUUAGCAAAAACUCACCUGGAGCUGAAGAAGAUGAUGUCAGAAGUGGCUGGAAAUGCAUCCAAGGACUCCAUCAGCUACUCUGACUUCCUGAAUAUGAUGCUGGGGAAAAGAAAUGCAAUUCUCAAGCUGAUUUUGAUGUUUGAAGGCAUGGGGAAAGAGAAGGAGCAGAAGGAUGUUGGACCGCCCACUCGGAAAACCUUUUCAGAACUGCCCUAAACACGUCAACUAUUUUUUUUUUAACCAACAAGUCUCAAUUUUUGGGGUUUUUUGGGGUUAAACAAAACAGAAAUUCUGUGAACUUUGUUUUUUUGUGCUGAGUGUAAAAAAAAGUUUAUCUGUUGGCAAGCCAUAAUGUCAACGAAAUAGAUUGAAUGAUAUAUAGAUGGUUCAAAGGCUUAGUGAUAAGACAUAAAUAACUCCUUCUGUGAGCAAGUGUUCUUUAUUGUUCACAAGCUACUAGGUUUUGCAUUUUUUUUGAAAGAGAAUAUAAUUGUUAAAUAAAAGUUUUAAACUAAUUAAAAGCUUGAAAUCAAAAAUGGACAGUUACCUUAAAAAAUAAAUGGAGAUCAAAUUAACUGUGGUGUUGUUGUGAUUAAAAAUAUAAGUGUGAAAUGUAAAUUACCUUUGAAUAGUGAUCAAUUAAAGGGAGAGAAACACAA